CGCCCGGGGCCCCGCACCCCAGCCACCAGCCAGCCCCACCAGCCCCGCGGCCCCGGCCGGAGGAGACAGAUCCUCUAGCCGCUCGAUGGGGAGUCACAGAAGACCGCCUGUGUGUGUCAGAUUCCCACCUCUCUGUAGCAAGAGAAGUAACUACAGCGCCUUCACAGUCAUGAUGAUGAAACUGGUAUUAACUGAGUGGCCCUUAUGGAUUUUUAACUCUAACUCACAGUGAGCCAGCAAGCCAUAUGUUUACAAUUCAACCAAAAACCCUUCGUGUUGCUGCACUUCUCAUGUGAGAAGUCGAGACGCCUGUUGGUACAGAGUGGAAUACAAGAGUUAUUUGCCGUGGAAUGCACCUGCAGCAGAGCGAGAAGACGUCUUAAUUUAUCAUUGGAGAGAGAUGAUAGUAUUAUUUAUAUAGGUAGAAUAAAUAUAUAUACAUAUAUAUUUUGGUGGUAAUGAAAAUGGCUCCGCAGAAUGCCGACUCAGAAUCUAUGCAAGUACAAGAGCUGCCUGUGCCCCUGCCAGACCCUCAGAAACCCAGAGACCCCGAGGCGGAGACCCAGGAGGAGACCACAAGCGAGGGGUCCAUAGACAGAAUCCCCACACGCCUAUGGGUCAUGCAUGGGGCAGUGAUGUUUGGCAGGGAAUUUUGUUACGCCAUGGAGACAGCACUGGUUACACCUAUACUGUUACAGAUAGGCCUUCCCGAGAGGUACUACAGCCUCACCUGGUUCCUGAGCCCUGUCCUCGGCCUCAUCUUCACACCGCUCAUCGGCUCUGCAAGUGACCGCUGUACCCUGAGCUGGGGCCGCCGGCGGCCCUUCAUCCUAGUGCUGUGUGUGGGGGUCCUCAUUGGUGUUGCACUUUUCCUCAACGGCUCUGCUAUAGGUCUGGCGCUCGGUGAUGUUCCCAGCCGGCAGCCCAUUGGCAUUGUCCUCACGGUGCUGGGAGUGGUGGUCCUGGAUUUCAGUGCCGAUGCAACUGAGGGGCCUAUCCGUGCCUACCUGCUGGAUGUGGUAGACAGUGAGGAGCAAGACAUGGCCCUCAACAUACACGCCUUCUCUGCUGGCCUUGGUGGGGCCAUUGGCUACGUGCUGGGUGGGCUGGACUGGACGCAGACCUUCCUAGGUGACUGGUUCCAGACGCAGAACCAGGUGCUGUUCUUCUUCGCUGCCGUCAUCUUCUCAGUGUCGGUGGCUCUGCAUCUCUUCAGCAUCGAGGAGGAGCAGUACAGCCCACAGCAGGACCGCGGCCCUGAGGAUGCCACCCUGCCCAGCACCAGCGUCCCGCCUGGCGCCCUAGCCCCUGCUACCCGCCUCAGUUCCCUCGGUGGGGGCAUGCAGGACGGCAGCCCCCCAUUCCCAGAUGAAGUGCAGUCAGAACACGAGCUGUCCUUGGACUACCUCGAUGUGGACAUCGUGCGCAGCAAGAGUGACUCGGUGCUGCACAUGGCUGACGCCACGCUGGACAUGGAGCCUCAGCUGCUCUUCCUGCAUGACAUCGAGCCCUCCAUUUUCCAAGAUGCUUCCUACCCCAGCACCCCCCAGAGCACCAGCCAAGAGCUCCUGAGGGCCAAGCUGCCCCGCCUGUCCACGUUCCUCAGGGAGUCCACCAAGGAGGACGACACCUUGCUUGAUAAUCACUUGAAUGAAGCUAAAGUCCCAAAUGGGAGAGGCUCUCCACCAAUGAACUCCCUCAGCCGCUCUAAGGUAGACUUGAAGCCCUCUGUCACAUCUGGUUCCAUGAGGCGGCGUAGGCACAUGUUUCACAGGCAGGCUUCCAGCACCUUCUCCUACUACGGCAAGAUUGGGUCCCACUGCUACCGCUACCGCCGGGCCAAUGCAGUGGUCCUGAUCAAGCCAUCCAGAAGCAUGAGCGACCUGUACGACCUGCAGCAGCGGCAGCGCUCCCGGCACCGCAACCAGAGCGGGGCUACUGCCUCCAGCGGGGACACGGAGAGUGAGGAGGGCGAGACAGAGACCACUGUGCGCCUGCUGUGGCUGUCCAUGCUGAAGAUGCCCAAGGAGCUGAUGUGGCUCUGCCUCUGCCACCUGCUCACUUGGUUCUCCGUCAUCGCAGAGGCUGUCUUCUAUACUGACUUCAUGGGCCAGGUUAUCUUCAAAGGGAACCCCCAGGCCCCCUCCAACUCUACCAAGUGGCAUGCCUACAACGCUGGUGUGAAGAUGGGCUGCUGGGGCCUGGUCAUCUACGCUGCUACUGGUGCUAUCUGCUCAGCCCUGCUACAGAAGUACCUGGACAACUAUGACCUGAGCAUCAGGAUCAUCUACAUGUUGGGGACACUGGGCUUCUCCGUGGGCACUGCUGUAAUGGCCAUGUUUCCCAAUGUCUAUGUGGCCAUGGUCACCAUCAGCACGAUGGGCGUCGUCUCCAUGAGCAUCUCCUACUGCCCCUACGCCCUCCUAGGGCAUUACCAUGACAUCAAGGAGUAUGUCCACCACAGUCCGGGGAAUUCCAAGCGUGGAUUUGGCAUCGACUGUGCCAUCCUCUCAUGUCAGGUCUACAUCUCCCAGAUCCUGGUUGCAUCUGCCCUUGGGGGUGUGGUUGACGCUGUGAAUACUAUCAUUGUCAUCCCCAUAGUGGCCUCUGUGGGCUCUUUCCUGGGCUUCCUGACAGCCACAUUCCUGGUCAUCUACCCUGAGGUGUCAGAAGAAGCCAAGGAGGAACAGAAAGGCCUGUCCUCAGGGCCCACUGGCGAAGGCGAGGGUGGAGCAGACAGUGAAAAGCCCACUGUACUGAAGCUGUCUCGGAAGGGGGGCCUGCGGGGGUUGGUGGAGACGGAGUCCAUGGUGUGAGCCCCAGCUAGUACAUUCCACACUGGAGGGCAGGAUGCACUGGGCGUUAUGCUUGCCAACAGCAUGCGAGCUGGAGUCCUUCCCAGAGCACAGUCCAAGUUCAGUAGGUGUUAGGUGUAGGGUAGGUUUGAGCUAUUAGACAAAAAUAUCACACUAAUUACCUUUCCCACAAUUAAAAAAAAAUCAUUUGAAAUAUUUUUUUUUAUUGAAAAAGAACUUAAUUUCAGCUGUCUUUUAUUCUGCAGGUAUAUCAUUCUGCAUGUUUUAAAUUGUGAGAUAUUCACAGCAUAGUCAAUAAGCAAUUUAGAAAAUGUAAGGGUCUGCAUUUCUAGACCAGUAAUUGGAAGUGCAGAAACUGGCUCCCUUGGCAGGUGUCAUCUGAAGGCAGCAGACAACAGCAGCGCAACAUACAGAUUGGCAGCGGGUGUCUGUCAGGGACACCUGCAGCUCCAGGCUGGUAUUGCAGCGCUUCAGAGUAUUUUUCUGUUUAUUUUAAAAACAGUAUUUUCUUUUUCACAACUGUGGUUUUCUUAGAAGAACAGCAUCUCUGGUGAGUUAGGCUCACGGUCCUGUGCACAGCUGAGACCACACACCAAAGCCGGGGAAGGGUCCCAGAGGUGUUUGAGCGGAAGGGAGCCAUUCCCCAGGGCAGCCUCCAGACAUCCCACCCAGGGACAGCACCAAUCAGCAGGGCUGAAUGUGAACUCUCAGUGUGCCUCCUGCGUGCUUGUGUGUAAGUUUGUCUGCGUCCUGUCCCUACCCACAUGGUCCUCCCCAGAAGCCACCACAGGGCAGCUGUUGGCUCUGUGUGACACUUCAGCUUGUCUCUACAUGUUUGGCUGGAAAUCCAGGCACAGAGCUCCAGGUGAGCAUUGGCUCCCAAGUCCUGCUGCAAGGCUACCUCGAGAGUGGGGGACAAUGGCAUCAGAGUAGGGCACGUGAAGGUGCCAAGGCCUACCUCCCUGCCACAUUGGUGACAUUGAUCCUCGCUGGAACCUAACUGAAAUCUUGUGACCUCAUCACCUGCUCCUACUGAUGGUCACUGGAAUGGGAAUGAAGGCAAAGAGAAGUGAGCAUCUGCCUGAGCAGGAGGCUGCUGACCCAGGAGCCCCGCGCAGGUCUCAAUUUCUGCACAUGAGCAAAACUUGGGCUUCAGGGAAGCAGGCUCAGCAAAUGCUGCAGCUGUGGGUAAAGACUUUACAAGUGACAGUCUCUGUUUAACAACUCCACAGUGUCUCGGUUCAUGAAAGUCAGUCUGCACUCAGGAGAGGGGCGGUCCCCCGGAUGGUACCCAGAUGAAGGCAGAGCCGUGCUCUUGCUGCCUCGGUUGAUCUUUCUACAUAAAGUCCUUUAAAGUGCAUGAGAAUCAUGCGGCGUAUGAGCACCUAAAGCAGAUAUACACACAUAUAUAUUUCAAGAUGAAAGUAAGCAGUUUUUAAAUAAAUUACUUGAAUUUUCUGUGUCUUCAAAGGAACGCCGUGUUUAUGUCCUUGGCUGGGCUCUGUCUUGCCACUUUUCCCACCCAGGUGGUACUGUCAUCUUUAGUGUUCUACAUCUGGGGAGCAGAGGUGUGUGCUCAGGGUACAAGGGUACCUUCCACCUGCCUCGGUCUUUCCUCAAGCCUACACCGGCAGAGGACUAGCUCCACCUUCCAGUGUUUUCUGUAUUGCCCUUGAGAAUAGAAUUGCAAGUCUCCUUGGGUAGGGGAAAUUGGAUUCCUAAGCUCAGUCCCAAUGCUAAGCCCCCAGCCAGCUAAGCCCUGUCAGUGGGCUGCUCUGUCUCUUUGGGGAAGUGGGCACUUCUGGUCUCCUCUCUCCAACCAGCAUCCUUGGCAGGUCACUCACAUGCAACUUAGUUUUAAGAUGGUAUCCCCUCCUUCCUGAGACUAAGGACUACAGCCUCUGUUUUCAUGCACCCUGCUUUUUCACUUUGCCAUAGGGGGACAGAGGGAGGCAGGGAUGCAGAGGACAAUUAAGUGGGCAAAACCUGGAACCAUCAAAAUGAGCGUGGGGUCUUAGGACACACGCUGCUCACAGCAUCCCACCCAGAGGCUUCUGCAGACCAUGCUCGCUGAACCUGAAUGACAGGAGGUUUGGGGUCUAGCAGUCCUACAGGAGCAAGAGAUAAUAGGAUCACCACAAACAGUGGGCCAGUCUUAAGACACCAGCCUCACCAUAAUCUGAAGUAACACAAGGACACUGUUCAUGGCACAGGUCUUGGCAAAGCCACUGGUAGGAUGCUGACACCCAGGUAAAAACAGCCAGAGGCAUGCCUAUUUGUUGCUGUCAGAUCAGGUUGCACAUCUGGUAUUUUUUUAAGACCUGAGCCUGUUAAGACGUUUACAUCCAAAGGCUGCUGUCUGGGUCUGGUCAGUGUGAGGGCCCUUGGGAUGGAGACCCAAGGGUGGUAAUAGAGUUGAUUUCUGGGCUUCCUUGCAGAUAAACCUAGUGAGCCAUGGACGACCUUAAGGUGACUGUUGUCUCAUCUGGGGUAAACAAGUAGUCGGACACGUUUGCCUAGCCCUUACCUCACUGAGAGAUUAUUCUGAGAUGGCACCAGUGGGCAGUUGUCAGAGGGGAGGAGGACUGGCUUUGCAGUCAGUGACCCCAAAGCUUGUGUUGCUCAGACCAGCCCAGGUAUUUCUGUUUCCUGACCUGGGCUUGCAGACCCAGCACCUAUAGGCAGUGGGAUCCCAGAGAGUGCACCUGAGUAGCUCUCCUGUGGUCUAUGAUCUUGAGAGGAAAAGUGGUUUAGUUACCUGGACCCAGGGGACCGGCAGUCAAGCAGAUGCCCAUUUGUAGCCAAUGCCGAGGAUGCAAAAGGAGUUAGCUUUGUAGCGCCUUGGGAUUUAGACUAUGUGCAAGCACCUUGUGGUAGGGGAUUAGCAAAGUUUCCGCUGGUCCCAGGCCACAGGAUUGCAAGCAGGUUACUAAGGGAAGGGAGCCUGUUUCUGUUGCCUAUGAAAGUCAACAGAUGUUUUAAGAGAUGCCUCUUAAGAUGUGUGGCCCAAGUUUGCCUGCACAAGAGUACGAGCUGUUAAGAGGUCCACAGUCUCAGGGCAGAAUGGUAUGGUGGCACUUCCUGGUAUCUGGAAAACUGGCUAUGGGACAUUGUUCUUAGUCUAAGGUCUCAGCUGGAACAUUCACACAGGUGCACAGCCUUCAGACUUCCACCCUUGAGAUUCUCAGGGCCAUGUGAGGGCUAGUUUGGGCAAGGUUGGGAGUGACAGAGCAGGAUCUGGUUGGUGGCCUGGAGUGGUGAGGAUGUCGUAGAAGGCACGGUAUAGAAAGUGCUGUGGCCCCUCCACCAGCAGCAGCCUGGCCGCCUUAUCUCCCUGGUGCCACUGGCUUCUGCAGCCUGUGGAGUUGAUGGCUCCCUUUGUCUGUGGCAAGUGGUCUGUGCGGCAGCAGCAACCAUGGCUACAUAUGACACAGGUCAGUGUUGUAAAACACCAUCUACUGAGACCGGACACUCAUCAACUUCAUACGCACCAAAUGCCAUGACUCCCUAGCUGUUCCGCUUCCACCUGAGCCUCUGUCUUCAGCCACUAACCAACACCUGGAUUGUGCAGGUAAAGCCACGGGGGAAUCAUCCUCCAAUGGCUGUCACCAGAAAUGGGCUCACUCCUCGGCAUGUGAACUAAAAGCAGAGCUUUCGAGAGUGCCUGGGGCCUGCCCAGCACAGCAAUUGUGCUGUCGAUUUUAUCCCAUUUUGGACUGACUCUUCAACGUGGCAGGCAGGGAGUGUGCACUCAGUAGCUCAUCACCAUGAAAAGCCAGCAUCAUGGCUGAAGCCUGAGCUGGCCCCUUUGACGCAACCCUUGGGCCUCCAGGAGAACAGAGCAACCUCUGGGAGCCCCUGCUGCCUGCUGAAGGGUCCUGUACUGGGGAUUCAGUAGCAGGAAGAACAGUUGUUAGAAAGGCCUCGGCACAAUGGCACUCCCCAGGCUCCUCGGAACAAAACGAUUUAGUUCCUUUGUGAACUGGAAACAGGACAACUGUUAUCAACUUAUUAAGUUGGAGCACUGUAAUAGCUCUUGCUGAUUUUAGCAACGGUUAAGUGUGUGUUAAACACAUGUUACAAUUUAUGAAGAAGCAGAUUCUAGAGAGAGUUCUAUCACACAUGACUUUGUUUUUUUAUUAGGUGGAUGUUUACGCCUGCUGCUGUCCAGACCCCCCUCACCCCCGCCCCUGGGGCUUUGUUCUUUCUUUGAAACAUGCUGGGCUGCUGGGCCCCUGUACAUCGCUCGGUGUGUACAGCCUGACUCCUUCCUGCCAGGCUGGUGCCUCCCUGCCUUUAUUGCUGUUAUACUGUGGCUAAUUCAAUAAAUGUUAUCAUUGCA